CUUAUUAGCCUGGGCUGUUCAGAGGGGGGAGAAAGAGAGGGAGAAAGGGAGCGAUGGCAACGAAAAAGGCGUGCGUGGAUGCACCCAAAAGGAGCCGGAGUCCGGUGGUUCUGGAGGCGGAGAUGUUCGGAGAAUUUCAGGACUGGUGUCUCCGGACUUAUGGAGACUCCGGGAAAACAAAGACGGUCACCCGGAGGAAAUACAACAAGAUCAUGCAGACUCUGUUGCAGAGCGACGAGUCGGACGGCGUGUACAUGGACAACAUCAACGCCAAAUUCAAAUUCUGGGUGAAGUCCAAAGGCUUCCAGGUCGGAACCAACGUGCUGGCGGGGGAGAAGAAGAAAGGAGCCCCGGGGAAACCCGUGCUGUACGUCCCGGUCAAGACAACGUGCUCAGAUGGGAACUCAGCGCAGGACAACUCCUCCCUGAAGCGUGUCGCUGUGGUGGAGGACUUCUUCGACAUCAUCUACGCGAUGCACGUGGAGAUGGGCGCCGAUCCCGGCCGAGCCCCCAAACACGCCGGCCAGAAAAAGACCUACAAAGCGAUCGCGGAGACGUACGCCUUCCUGCCCCGAGAGGCGGUGACUCGCUUCCUAAUGAGCUGUGGAGAGUGUCAGAAGAGGAUGCACAUCAACCCCAGCACGGCCGAGUUCAAAGAGAACGACAGGCCCACCUCCCUGGUCCCGGACCUGAUCGACUACAACAUGCCUCUCACUGCCACCUACCUGAAGCAGAUGAAGCUGCAGUGCAUGACGGCCACCGAGAGGGAUGACAGCUCUCUGAGCAGCGAGGACAUGAUGAACGGAGUCGAGUCCACAUGGGUCGCCUCUGAUCCGCCUGCAGUGCCUGAACCGAGCCCGACUAACGGAGAGAGGGUCAGCAACAACACGUCCGCCGUUAAAGAAGAGGAUGACGAUGACUCCUCAGAGAGCGGUAGUGCCACCGGGCUGCCGGCGCUGCCCCCCCCCGAGGGUCCGGCUGUGGGUGGGAACCCCGCAGAUGGAGGGGAGGUGACGGAGAACGGGCUGAACGCCCCCCUGGACUUCAGCACCUCCUCGCCCUCGUCUUCCUCCGAGGAUCAGCAGCCGGUCAACCUGAGCGACAGACUGCAGCCGGCGGGCGGCUCGCCGACAGAAGCCUUCCUCCCCGACGCCAACAGGAAGUACCCCGUCAAGACAGAGUACAACAACAAGUCCCCGCCUUACAGCUCAGGAAGCUAUGACUCUGUGAGUAUGAGCGCCGAGGACCUGACCUCCGGUCGGGCGCAGAUGAUCGACGAAGACGACGACGAUCACGACGAACACGACGACAGUGACAAGAUCAAUGACGCCGAGGGCAGCGACCCCGAGAGACUUAAGGCCUUCAACAUGUUUGUGCGUCUGUUUGUGGAUGAGAACCUGGACCGCAUGGUUCCCAUCUCCAAGCAGCCCAAGGAGAAGAUCCAGGCCAUUCUGGAGUCGUGCGGCCGGCAGUUCCCCGAGUUCCAGGAGCGAUCCCGCAAGCGCAUCCGCACCUACCUCAAGUCCUGCCGCCGCAUGAAGAAGAGCGGCUUCGAGAUCCGACCGACUCCCCCUCACCUCACCUCGGCGAUGGCGGAGAACAUCCUGGCCACCGCCUGCGACAACGAGACCAGGAACGCUGCCAAGAGGAUGCGUCUGGACUCGUACCCCGCGGACGAACCGGCCACCGGAGACAAGACGAGCUCCAGGGACCCGGCCUCCGUGACGCCAUCGGGCUUCACCAUCGCCAGCGCUGCCUUCGCCCAGGAGCAGCUGUUCACCAACGGAGGCCUGAACUACAACCUGCGGUACGGGGGGGUGCAGCCCACCUCUGGAGCCACGCAGACCAACGGUCCCACAGAUCUCAGCAUGAAGUCUGUCGGCCCGACCUCCGCCUCCUCCAGCGCCAACAGCCACGGUCAGGGCGGUGGCGGGGGGGGAGCCUCGGCCCAGCUCAGCCACCCGGAGGUGACGGCGGUGCGGCAGCUGAUCGCCGGCUACCGAGAGUCGGCCGCCUUCCUGCUGCGCUCCGCCGAUGAGCUGGAGAACCUGAUCCUGCAGCAGAACUGA